CAGUUCUGGCUUCAUUCCCAUUCUUCUGGCAGAUGCAAAAACGUAUUCUGUAGUGUGCUGCAAAAAUAUAUUGUUUUGGGAGCGGCACUCUUUUGUUUCGUUUCAAGUCUCGUUUUAAAUAGUGUUGCUUCAAACCCACUACAAUAGCCGUAAAUUUUUAUUCCAUGGACACGGCGGAAGAGGUGUCCACGAACGAAUGUUCACCAUCGCCUAAGGAGUCCGGUGAAGUAGUGAUUAACGCCGGCAGUAGCCAAACUACAAACGACGUGACAAACGGGACAUCUGAUGAGGAUGACAUUAUCCACAUCUAUGCUACACUGGCCUUUAUCGUGGUCAUCAUCGUUAUUGGAGUGCCGAUGUGGUGGAAAACUACCGAAGUGUACCGUGUUCCGCUACCGUAUGCCGAGAUUGAGGCAUUAGCUGAAAGUCCUAUCCGUGCCUCCAUUCGACUGGGACUAUUCGUACGAUCUCCAGAGCGCCGCGAUAUUCUGUUGUUCGAGUUAAGCAAGAAAUUCGAGAAUAAUUUCGUGUUCAAUCUACAGUUGGAAGAUUUUACGUUGGAUCCAGCCGUUGCAAAUGCCGCAAAAACUCCAGCUGCUUUGGAGGCAGCUAUUCUCAAACGAUAUCCUUUGGAAGCGGGAAAUUUUGUGCUGAUCGAAUGGGGCAAACUUGAAGAUGAUGUUCUGGUAACCUCAGAACGGUCGGCGUUUAUUUCCGAAAGUGCAACUACGCUAAAACUUUAUCAAGUACUGACCUCGUGGAUUCUUCAGGAGUAUAAGCUCAAGGCUAUUCUUGGUUCCAAGGAUAUGCAAACCAGUAAAGUUCGUCAACUGCGUUUGAAUACAGCUCCUAUGCAGCCACAAUAUGAUGUACUAAUUUCUGUGUUCAAUCCACGACCCGACAAGCAGAAGGUUCAUUGGAACGUGCGGUUAGCUGCCGAGAAUUACAUUGCACCUUUCUUGACGGCAUUGGGAGCUGUUUCAAAUUUCACCAUUAAAACCCAAUGGAUCUACGAAGUGGAGAUUUUGCAGUUUCCUCAGAAGCAAGUACCGGAUGAAACCCAACUCGGUCGACAUUUCGUAUUACCGGAGCUCGCACUUCCGCAUAUCAUUACUUCGUUCGAAAAGAAACUGGGCAAUCAGAUAACGGAUGACCCAGGCAUUCAUUUAGUUGCGUACGUGCCCCCGUGUGAGUUGGCUCCACUUCGCAUCUACAGAAACGAUGGUAUUCGGGCAACCAAUGCCAAUGUAGAAGCGUUCACGUCCGCCAAAUGGGGUGGUGUCGUAUUUGCAAACCCACCAGAAGAAACAGUGAAACGAUGCUUGGACGAUCCUGAAAAUUCCGAAGUGUAUGUCAGUUCGCAGGAUGUGAUGCCUGUACUGUUGUACCAACUUCGGAAGAUAUUUGAUUUGGAAAAUAAUAUUCCUUUACUGGACUGUGCUAUCGCACCAUAUAACUCUAUCGCACCUCGUCUGUGGGAAGUCGAUACAUUUGUUCGAUCAAACACGAUUUACAGAAUACAUUCCGCUACGCUGACGCUACAGUCGUUAAUUCAGCUUCUUGGAGGAAUUGAGUAUAUCGUUAUAAACGACCAAGUAGGAGCGGCGAUCAAGGACGCUUACGAUCGGAUCCUGUUGGCAAAGCAACAUUUACUAGAGAACAACUUGGCAAAUGCCGCUGAGGAAGCGAAAUUAGCGUACAUUUCAGCCGAGCGUGCGUUUUUCGACCCGAGUAUGCUGGCACUACUGUACUUCCCGAGUGAACAGAAAUACGCCAUCUACAUUCCGCUGUUUUUACCCAUCAUGAUUCCAGUGGUUUUUUCCUUCAGCACUAUCAGUAAAUUUUGGCGGAAACGCUACGGUAAGCAGAAAACCGAGUAAGUAGAGGACAGAUUUUUCUUUUUAAAAAGAGGACAAUAGGCUACAGGCGCUAGUGUUUGAACUUCCUAACCCGAAAAAAUGUAUUGAAAGAACAGAACAUUGUUUAAAUCCA